AUCUUAGUCGUUGCGAGUUCACGAAGCUCGAUCAACGAAUCGUCUUCCCCACUACGCCAGAAGCUUCUCUUAUCAACUUCGCUUUCUCUCCGUCUCGAAAGCUGUACCAGAGGGUCGCGUAGUGGUGCCUUCGAACAAUCUAGGCAAAUGAUCCAUUCUUCUUUUUACUUUUUCCCUUUCCUAUUUUUUUUUUUUUUUAAUCAUGUUUCUUUGUUUCGGGUUUGUAUGGCGUAUUGCGUAGAAGCCUCAGGGUAGUCGUAAUACGUAUUGUUUUGCUUAUCUUCCAUAAACUUUUGGGUCAACGGAUGGGGAAGAUCCUUCUCUCUUGCUCGUCUCCAGGAAGCUUCAGUUUUGAACUCUUGUGCUAUUUUUUUAUUUGGCUGAAAGAGGGAGAAAUCAGGAAUGGUGAAGAUUCCCGCAGGUUUCCCAGAAAUUUUCUGACCACUCGCUUCACUUUUCUACUUUCCACACCAACGCGCAGGAAGAUCCAUACAUAACCUUGCUUGUAUUUUUUACUUUGUUCUCUGAUAAGAUCUUCACUCAGUCACACCUUUCUCUGCUGAAUUUCCAUUUUCCAAUGGCUUCCACCGGCAACCGAAGAGGCUCUUCGUCGGCGUCUUCUUCUUCUUCUUCUCCUUCUUCUUCUUCCAAUCUGCGGCAUAUAUACGAUGUGUUCUUGAGCUUUAGGGGCGAAGAUACCCGCAACAGCUUCGUUAGCCAUCUCUACGCGGCUUUGCAUCGGAAAGGGAUUCACACCUACAGGGACGAUGAAAAGCUCAAAAGGGGGAGAGAAAUUUCGCCGGAGCUGGUGAAAGCCAUCGAGGGUUCGAGGUUUUCGAUCAUCAUUUUCUCAGAAAACUACGCUUCUUCGACUUGGUGCUUGGAUGAACUUGCGAAGAUCAUGGAAUGCAAGAACCUGAUUGGGCAAACAGUUGUCCCCAUUUUCUACAAUGUGACUCCCUCGGAAGUACGGAAGCAAACUGGGAAUUUCGCAGAAGCCUUUGCCAAACACGAAGAAUAUUUCAAGGAGAGAAAGGAGAAGGUGCAGAGAUGGAGGGAAGCUCUGAUCGAAGCUACCAAUUUGUCCGGGUGGGAUUCACAGGAGUCGUGCAGGUCUGAAUCCAUGCUUAUUGAUGGAGUUGUCCACUUUAUACUAAACGAACUAAAGUAUUUGUCCAAAAGUAAUGCUAAGGAUCUAUUUGGUAUUGAUUCUCGCAUAGAAGAAUUGAUUUCGUUGUUAUGCACCGAGGUCAAUGAUGUUUGUUUUGUAGGAAUAUGGGGCAUGGGUGGCAUAGGUAAGACCACCAUUGCAGAAGUUGUCUAUGAUCAAAUAUCUGUUCUAUUUGAAGGACGUUGCUUUCUUGCAAAUGUAAGGGAACAUGAUUUAGUUUUUUUGCAAGAAAAACUUCUUUCCACAAUCUUGAUGGAAGGAAAUGUAAAUAUAGAUACUUCUAAUAUGGGAACAAAUGUCAUAAGGGACAGGCUUCAUUUCAGAAAGGUUCUUAUUGUUCUUGACAAUGUGGAUAAGUUGGAGCAGUUAGAAGCACUUGCUGGGAAGCAUGAUUGGUUUGGCCCUGGAAGUCGAAUCAUCAUCACAACUAGAGAUAAGCAAUUGCUAAUUGCGCAUAAUGUGGCAAAAAUAUGCAAGGCUAAGCAAUUGAACAACUUAGAAUCUUUCGAAUUCUUUUGCUGGAAGGCUUUUGGGCAGAAAUUCCCCAAGGAAGAAUAUUUUGAAGUCACAAAAUCACUAAUAAGUUAUGCAAAGGGCCUUCCAUUAGCACUUAAAAUUUUGGGUUCUUUUCUUUGUGGCAGAGGUGUUGAUGAAUGGAAAAGUGUGUUGAAUAAACUGAAAAAAUAUCCCAAUGAAGAAAUUCAAAAGAUUCUCAGAAUAAGUUAUGAUGCACUGGAUGAUCGGCAGAAAAAUUUAUUUCUUGAUAUUGCAUGUUUCUUUAAAGGAGAUGACAAGGAGUACGUAACUAAAAUACUAGAGAGUUGUGAUUUCUGCCCUAUUGAUAUUAGUGUUCUUGUUGAAAAGUCGCUUAUAACACUCGAAGAAAACAAGGUGUUGAUGCAUGACUUAUUGCAAGAAAUGGGAAGGGAUCUAGUUCGUCAACGGUGCCUUGAAGAGCCUGGCAGACGCAGCAGGUUAUGGUCCCAUGAAGAUGUUUGUCACGUACUGUCAGAAAAAUCAGGGACUGAAGAGGUUCAAGCCAUAGUCCUAGACCUUUAUGGACUAAAAGAGGUAAAUUUUAGUGCUAAAGCCUUUGCAACCAUGCCUAAUCUAAGAUUGCUCAGAAUCUGUUUUAUGGACCAACCUGGAGGAUUUGAAUAUCUUUCCAGAAAAGAGUUAAGGUUCAGAACUAAAUCUGAUGCAAUGUUGAAUAAGCUUGAGUUAUACAAAGAUUGUAAAUUGCACAUUUCUGGAGGCUUUGAGUUUCUUUCUAACAAAUUAAGGUGUCUUUACUGGUGUGGAUUUCCUUUGAAAUCUUUUCCUGCAAAAUUUCAUCCGGAGAACAUUGUUGAGCUUAAUAUGUCCUAUGGCCGCAUCAAACAACUGUGGAAAGGGAUCAUGGUAUUAAAGAAUUUGAAAUUCAUGAAGCUCAGUCACUCCCAGAAUCUGAUGAAGACCCCAAACUUUACUGGCGUCCUGAACCUGGAGUGUCUAAUUCUUGAAGGUUGUAUAAAUUUGGUUAAGAUUCAUCCAUCCAUUGGAACUCUCAAGAGGCUUAUUCUUUUGAAUUUAAAAGACUGCAAAAGUCUUAGAUAUCUUGUGAGUGCAAUUGACUUGGAUUCUCUUGAAAGUCUCAUCCUCUCAGGCUGCUCGAAACUCCAGACAUUUCCUGAGGUUUCAAGUAAUAUGCCGCAUUUAUGGGAGCUUUCUUUGCAGGGGACUUCCAUCAAAGAGCUACCGCCUUCCAUUAAAUAUCUCAGCGGUCUUGUUUCACUAGAUCUUAAAGAGUGCAAAAACCUCGAGUGUCUCCCAAGCAGCAUAUGUAUGCUACGAUCUCUUGAAACACUCACUCUCUCGGGCUGCUCAAAACUUGCUAAAUUGCCAGAGGACAUGGGGAGUUUAGAAUGUUUAGUGGGACUAUAUGCUGAUAGGACAGCCAUAAACCAGCUUCCGCCCUCUAUCAUACAAUUAAAGAACCUAACAUUUAUAUCUUUUUGCGGAAUUAGUGCAAAAAUGUCGAAAUCAUGGCGUCAUCAACUUUUCUCUAUGUUAUUGCCAAGUAGAGAUCAUAUGUUCGCCAGUCUAGAAUUGUCUCCAUUGUCAAGGCUAUCCUCUUUAUGUAUUCUAGAUGUCCGUGAUUCCAAUCUCUUGGCAGUCCCAAAUGAUAUAGGCUGCUUGUCAUCUUUAAGGCAGUUAUACCUCAGCCAUAAUAAUUUCAUAAGCAUCCCUUCAAGCAUCAGUCAGCUUUCUGAAUUGCUAUUUCUUUAUUUGGAUGGUUGUGAAAGGCUCCAAGCAUUGCCAGAGCUUCCAUCAAGUAUCGAUACUUUAGUUGCAGACGGUUGCACAUCACUGGAAAAAUUACCAAAUACAUGCACAUUGAAUUAUCAACAUGCUGGAUUCUCAAGUUGUUCAAAAUUGCUGGAGAAUCAAUGCAUAGAUGAUUUGGUUGGGAUAUUGGUGACUAAUCAACUUCAGGUCUCUCUCUCUCUCUCUCUCUCUCUCUCCCUCUCUCUCCCUCUCUCUUUUAAUAUGGAUUUUUUCUUGGUGCAGGCUCCUAAUUUGCCACCAAAUUUCGACACUGUUCUUCCUGGAAAAGAGAUUCCAAAGUGGUUCAGUCAUCAGAUCAUGGGGGAUUCAGUGUCUAUUCAAUUGCCUCCAAAUUGGUAUGAUGAUAUAGUGGGAGUUGCUAUGUGUGUUGUUUUCAAAUCCCACGAUGGAAGUUGUCCUUCGGUUUUGGAUGUUGCAUGGGGACCGGGAUAUGUUUAUGGCUAUGGCCUUACCUGCGAUUAUUGCAUUGGAUACAAGAACCAUCCGGAAUUCAAAUCCAAUGAGGAGCACUUAUGGCUUGGUUAUUUAAAACUAGAAGAUAUCAAGGAUUCACACGUAUAUGCUCGGAGGGAUGAUUUUACGAAGAUUAAUGUUGAUUUUUGUUCCAAUCUAGAUUCUGGGUUUGUGAUAGAGAAGUGUGCAGCCUGUCUAAUGUCCAAGGAAAGCGCAGAAGAAAAGGAUGAAGACUUGUCUACCUCUGAUGAGACUCAGAGUGAAGCAUCUCAGUUUUCAGACAUCCUAGCUGAUGAGACUCAGAGUGAAGCAUCUCAGUUUUCAGACAUCCUAGUGGAACGCUUUAGUUUUUGUACAACCUUUACUGUUCGGGGGGGUUCGACUACACAACCUCUCGUGCCACCUCCACUUUGGGAAAAGGUAAUGAGGAAAAAAGGAGGUGGCAUUUGACUUGCUUUCCUUAAAUAUGGUGGAGAAUGGAACCAAUUGUUUGACUGGUAAAUGCAAACCCAAAAUGAAAGUUGUGAUAGCAACAUCAUGGGCAUCAGUUCCUUAAUGUACAGAAUGGAAUAGCUUUUGAGCCAAAUUGCCAAUUCAGUCAUGAUUGUUUUGUAUCUUGUUUCAUUUCUCCAAAUCUCGAUUUAUGUAGAUGAGGCGUUUGAUCUCGGCUAGGCAAGAUCUGCUCGCUGGCAGAAGAGAAGCAGAAGUUGCACAACAGGAGAUAUAUUUCUGGCAUCUUUGAAUCUUUUGCUUCCAACAACAAUGUUCGAAUUCUUGAUAGCCCCAAUAUAUAAUUGAAGAUUUUUAAGUC